CCUUGGUCUUUAGAAUGAUAUAGAAUGAAGAAAUGGCAUCAAAGAAUAAUAUACAAAAAAAUACAACAAUGAUAAAGCCUUCGCCAAGUAAAAAUGAACCUCAGUUAUCGAAGUCACAACAAAGAAUAAGUAAAAAUGAACCUCAGUUAUCGAAGUCACAACAAAGAAUAAGUAAAAAUGAACCUCAGUUAUCGAAGUCACAACAAAGAAUAAGUAAAAAUGAACCUUCCAAAUCUGUUCAAAAACUUGGGAAGUUGGGAAGUAUGCAAAAUAACAAUCAUGGAACAGGUGAUGAAAAAAAGAAACCUGGACAAAAACAAAAUAUUGGACAGAUGUCGAAAAUGCCAAACACAAUGUCAAAGUUUCAAGUAAUUCCUUCUAAAACCGACGGAAGGAACGGCAAAGCAAUUAAUAAUGUAGCAAAAUCUAUGCCGACUGGCCAGCUGAAGAGUAUACAAGGACUUCAAAAUGUUGUUCCGCCUGGACAGACAUCAAAAAUAAAAAUUGAUUUGUCGAAGUCUCAGAUCAUUUCUUCUAAGAACAAACAAAUGGAUACAACAACAAAUAACCUCGUAAAAUCGAUGCCGGCUGCACAGUUGAAUAAUUUAAAAGAGCGUCAGGAUCUUGACAAAAAAUCUCAACAGCAAAGAUUGAAUAGACCACAACCGGAUGGACAAGUUUCAAAAAAUCAGACAGGACAAAAAUCAACUACAAAAACAGAGUCGAUUCCAGCACAAAGACAGAAAAGUGGUAUGCUCCCUGCCAACAUGCAAAAAUCACAACAACAACAAAAUCGACCAAACAAUUCUCAAACUUCCUACCAAAAAGGUCUUCCACCAUUGAAACAGCAAAGCACUGUAAACAAAGGUCAGCAAAACCAAGACAAGGCCGGAAAUCUGGUCAGCAAUAAAAUGACAUCACAACCAAAUACACAGAAAUCAGUCAAUCAACAAAGUAGAGUGCAACAAAAUAUGCAGAAUCUACCAAAGCAGUCGAAUACUUUCCCAAAAGUAGCUCAAAAUGCUGAAAACCAGCAAAAUAAUUCACAAAAAAAUCAACUCAGACAGCAGAAACUAGGAAAUCAAGCAAACAAUUUACAGAAAACUCAAACCAAUACGCCGAAACCAGCCAAUAAGCCAAAUAAACCCAAUGGUCAAAUGAAAGGAAACCCGGCUGAUAUUGUGAAAACAUCCAUAGAAAGUGGACAAAAACCUGGUAAACAACAAAAUGAUUUAAAGAAAGGAAUGAAUCCACUAAAACCUGCAAAUACCGGAAAAUCUAUUCAGAAUAAUGGAAACACCGGAAGGAGUAAUCAAACUAAUGUUGAUGCUGGUAAAUCUGCUCAAAAUACAAAAAAGUCAAGUCAAAAUGUAACGCCUGCCGGGAAAUCUGACAAAACUGCUAGUAAUACAGGAAGGUCCAGUCAAAUUGCAGGGAAUACGGGGAAACCUCAAAAUACUGGAAAAAUGGUUAGAGGACCAGGAGACAAGGAUAAAAAGAAAAAGAAACAACUUGAAAGACGGAAUAAUCCAGUACGUCCUCAGAUAGUUGAAUACCCUGCAGGAGUAACAACAAUACCUCUACCUGAACUGCAGGUCCUGUUAGACGAAAUAGAGGAAAUGAGAGGUGAUCGGAAUUACAGUGCGCUGGUAGAAUUUUUAUCACAGUUGCUUCAAAAAGUACAAAAUCUGGAAACUGGAAACUACUCUAGAACGGAGAUAGAACUAUUUGUAAGACAAUUUCAGGAUUAUAAUGAGGGAUUUCAUUAUCGAAUGGAUUCAAAAUCUAGAGGUCAUGCCCUUAUUUUGACAAACUAUGAGUUUUAUCAAGUUCCCGGAGAUCCAUGGAGCUAUGAUUUCAAGGAUAGACCAGGGGCAGAAAUUGAUGCAGAUAAAAUGGAGGACUUGUUAUUAGAAAUGGGGUACUUAGUUACAAGAAAAGAUAAUCUUAAACAUUGGGAAAUGGAAUGGGAAAUUAAAUUAAUGACUGAAACAGACCACAAGAAAUUUGACAGUUUUAUUUGUAUUAUAUCCAGUCAUGGAAAUGUCAAUCAAGUAUACGGGUGUGAUGGUCUACGGGUGAUACUUAACAAACAAAUACGUCGGUUUCGGAGUGGAAAAUGUCCAAGUUUAACAGGAAAACCAAAACUAUUUUUCCUACAGUCGUGUCAGGCAGAGGAAGAAGAUCAAAAUUUAAGAUCCGAAAGUAUUGUUCCUACAGAUGCCAAACCAAAACCAGGUGAAUUAGAGAAAUCAAGAUUUCUGAUAAACGACGUUGAUUUUCUAGUUGGAUAUUCGACAUUGCCUGGAUACUUAAGUUACAGACAUGAACAGACAGGUUCUUGGUAUCUCAAUGCAUUAUACGAAAACCUUAAAGAAAACUCUAAGCAAUAUGAUAUAGUGACAAUACUUGAGGAUGUAAAUUUUGAUGUCAGCUGUAAGAAGGACCAAUACAAUUAUUUAGAUUCCAAUCAAGUAUCCAUGUUCUCGUCUACUUUACGUGGACCAUUAUUCUUCCAAUGAAAGAAAAUGCAUGUUUUACUAAAAGAAAUGUAGAAAAUCAUUUGUUUUUUGAAAGGACGCCAAACUGAAAUUGUAAUCUUACGACAUUCUUAUUUAUCGCAAAAUUAAGGAAAUUUGAGAAGUCCGUCAAAUUCGGGACGCCAGAUCACAAAAUGUGAUUAAGAAAUAUGUUUACAGACAAUCUGAAUAGAAAAAUGUGAUAUAGAAAUACGUGUACAGAUGAUCCAACUAUAAAAUGAGAUAUAGAAUCACAUGCGCUUAAUGCUUCAUAUAUAAAAUAAAGUAUGUGUUCAUACGCUUCGAAUAUGAGAUAAUAGAGGUACCUACAAACGCGCUCCGAAAAAUGAUAUCA